AUGCAGGAGAAUUAUGAGACUGUGUCCUCGCUGGGACUCCCCAUUCCCAAACCUGCCCUGAUUGCCCAGCUGGAAGCAGGGGAAGAGCCGUGGGUCCCCGAUCUCCAGUGCUGCGAGGAAAGGAAGAUCCCAAGAGGCACCCGCACAGCAGAUGAUGGGAGAAUGAGUGAAAAUGAGGAGGGGAAUCCACAGCGGGAAGGUCCUGUGCAAGUGGAACUGCAGGGGAACUUUUUGAGAAGAGCUGAAGAGAACUUUUCCCAGUUCUUGGAACAGAGAAAAGCCUGGAGUAAUUGGCACAGGUCAGAGAGGAAGCUGGGAAACCACCCAAGAAAGAAAGUGCAUGAAUCCUUUGAAUGUGGUGGAGAAGACAAGGAUUCUAAAGAAACCACAACCCAGCAGACAAAUCCCAAAGAAAAGAAACCCUAUAAAUGCUUGGAAUGUGGAAAAACCUUCAAUUGGAGCUCAAAUCUUACUGCCCAUCGGAGACUGCACACGGGAGAGAAACCGUAUAAAUGCCUUGAGUGUGGGAAAAGCUUCAGUGAGUGCUCAGGCCUUAUUAGGCAUGGAAGAAUCCACACAGGAGAGGGACCACAUAAAUGUCUUGAAUGUGGAAAAAGUUUCAGUGCACCAUCAGCCCUUAUUGUACAUCAGAGAACCCACAUGGGAGAGAAACCCUAUAAAUGUUUAGACUGUGGGAAAUGCUUCAGUCAACGCUCAGGCCUUAUUAGCCAUGGGAGAAUCCAUACGGGAGAGGGUCCACAUAAAUGCCUUGAGUGUGGGAAAAGUUGCAGUGCACCAUCAGCCCUUAUAAUACAUCAGAGAACCCACACAGGAGAGAAACCGUUUAAAUGCUUGUACUGUGGGAAAAGUUUCAGUCAGCGCUCACAUCUUACUUGCCAUGGGAGAAUCCACACGGGAGAGAAACCCUAUAAAUGCCUUCAGUGUGAGAAAAGUUUCAGUGCACGAUCGGUCCUUAUUGUACAUCAGAGGACCCACACAGGAGAGAAACCUUAUAAAUGCAUGGACUGUGAGAAAAGCUUCAGUCAGAGCUCAAAUCUUGCUGCCCAUCGGAGACUGCACAUGGGAGAGAGACCCUGUAAAUGA